GCACCGAGGGGGUCAUGGCAGCUUUCCUCCUCUUGGCACCGCUCCUCCUGCUGGGGCCAGCGGCUGGCCAGGCAGACACAGAGAUGGAAGGGUGCCUUCGGCUCUGGAACACGACCGAAGGGAAUUUCUCUGUGGAAACAACACCUGGGACUUACCAGGCCAACACAACCUACCUGGUGACGAUAAAGGACGACAGGAACCACAGCAACAGCUCCGGGCAGCUCCUGCUGCAGGCGCUGUCCCGGCAGAACGCCUCGGUGGGGCGGUGGGAGGAUGCAGCCACAGGGAUCUGCAGCUCUGUGCUCACAGCAGUGCUGAACAUCACCGAGAGAGAGAGCACAGCCCGCUGGACAUCCCCCGACAGCAACCUCUCCUCUGUGCGCAUCAGGGUCUUCCUCAGCCUCCCUGACAACAUCACCGAGCUCAGGACCUGGGUGCUGAGCAGAGGGGCAGAAACCAUCACGGUGCCCCCCAACAGCACCACCAGAGCCCCCAGCACCUCUCCUUCCUGA